GUUUGUCGGGCUUUUCUGAUUUUAGCUUCAAUUUUUAUUCUACUUAUUUCUAGAUACCGUUCGUUUUUAAUUAUAUUGUAAUUUUAUUUACUGGUCAAGCUAUGUUGAAAAAUGGGGGACAGUUGACGGCGACAGCAUGUUAUAGAGCUGCUGUAAAGCGCAUUUCUCGACCUGACAAACGUAUUUUUCUUUUAUGUGAGGUAAAACCAUCUUCCGGAAAUAUUCUUGUUACCAGAACUAUUGUGACAAAAACAGCAUACAGGAAAUCUCCAAUAUCUACUGUUCAGCCUGGAAUAAAAGUGCCAAGCGCAACUGUUGAUCAUUUGGAAAACUUUACAACCAAAGAUGAAAUUAUACAGUUCAAAUCAAACGAAAAAGAAGAAUGGAACAUUGAUUUUACAAAUACUGCAAAUUCAUAUCGAAGUAAAUCUAUGCAAGAAUUGAUUCGAGCUUCUUUUGUCUUGAAACUUUGCACUGUUGAUAAACUUGUGGAUUAUAAUUUGGAGCUCGCAAACCUCGGUCAGAAGAUUCUUGGACAGAAUUUGUUCAAAUAUGUUAUGAAAAAUACUUUCUAUGGACAAUUUGUUGCCGGUGAAAAUGAGGAAGAAAUCAAGCCAUGCAUCCAGAAAAUGCAAUCAUAUGGUGUUGGAUCAAUUCUCGAUUACGCUGUUGAGGAAGAUUUAUCGGAAGAAGAAGCAAAAGAUCUAGAAAUGAGUUCUUGUGUUUCACACGUAGAUAAUUCACAAACAGGUGGAAUUCAUUUGCUCAAUUAUUUUUUCAGAGUAUUUAAAACUAGCGGUGGUGCAGUUACAAAUGAAGGGUGGAAAUCUGAUAAUAUUGGUGAACAUAUCCAUGGUACUGGUUACAAUAAAUUCAAAGCACAUAGAGAGUUUGGUGAUCGUCGACAUAAAGUUGUCAGUGCAAGAACCUACUUCUACACUGAUGAAGCAAAAUGUGAUGAAAAUAUGAAAAUGUUUAUGAAAUGUAUCGAUGCGGCAGGUUCAACCACUGAAGGGGGAUUUGCUGCAAUCAAGCUAACAGCACUGGGAAGGCCACAAUUUUUGCUGCAGUUUUCCGAUGCAUUGAUGCGAGCUAAUGAGCUAUUCAAUAAAUUAUCUCUGAAGAAUGUUGAUGUACUGGAGAAAGGUUUUGAUAUUCACAGAUUCAGGAAAAAGGCAAAAAGUAUUGGAAUUCUAAUGAGUAGAGAUGAUAGUAGAAAAUGGUUUACGUGGAUGGACACUGAUGAAUCUGGAUUUGUUGAUUUACUCGACUGGAAUCAACUUAUCUCAAGCAAUAAAAAGUUUUCAGAAAUAUUUGUUGUUCCAAAUCCUCAGACGGGAGAAAUGGAAUCUUUACUCACUGAUAUGACUGAUGAAGAAGAUGCCCAAAUGAGAAGAAUGUUACGAAGAAUGGAUGUUCUUGCUAGAAGAGCUGAAAGUCAAGGAGUUCGUCUUAUGGUUGAUGCAGAGCAAACUUAUUUCCAACCUGCUAUCAGUAGAAUCACUGUUGAAAUGAUGAGAAGAUUCAACAAAACAAGACCUGUUAUAUUCAAUACAUAUCAGUGUUAUCUCAAGGCGGCUUUCAACUAUAUUACUGUUGAUUUGGCCCUGGCUCAGAGAGAAGGUUUUCAUUUCGGUUGCAAACUUGUUCGAGGUGCUUACAUGGAACAAGAAAGGGAAAGAGCAAAUAUGUUGAAAUAUGAAGAUCCUAUACAACCUGACUAUGAGGCAACAAACAGGGGUUACUUGAAAUCAUUGGAUCUUCUUCUUGAUAACAUUAAUUCACAUGGCAACAUAAAUGUGAUGGUUGCAAGUCAUAACGAAGAUAGUAUCAAAUAUGCUUUACAAAGAAUGCAUGAUCUCGGAAUUUCUUCAGCUUCUAAACAAGUAUUUUUUGGACAAUUACUUGGGAUGUGUGAUCAUGUGACAUAUCCACUAGGUCAAGCAGGCCACUGUGUAUUCAAGUAUGUACCUUUUGGACCGGUACGUGAAGUCAUGCCAUAUUUAUCCAGAAGAGCGCAGGAAAAUCGGGGAAUGCUUCGAGGGGCACAACUUGAACGUCAAAUGUUAUGGCAAGAAAUCAUGCGCAGACUUUUUGGUUUUUUGACACCAAAAGUCGUAAAAUCGUAACACGUUUUUUUUAGAAAAAAUUUUCAAAGUAAAAAAAGUUUUCUUUAAGCGGUGUUUGUUUUGCUUUAGAUUUUAAUUAUUAGCUUUUCGACUAUGGCCAAUCUUAAGCAAUUUUAGGACUUGCACUUAGUACUUUUACUUGAAAAAUAAUACAUGUUUUUAUCGAUAAUUUAUUAAAAUUUUUGACACCUUGUUAACAAUUUGAAAUUACUAGUAAUAGUUUUAUUUCUGUUUAUGUUAUGUAACUGGAGAUAUAUUUACUUCUAAUACACAUCACAUAAUCGGGUUUUUGUUGCGCGUUAGUUAAAUCAGAAAUAUGUAGGAAUAAAUUGACUCGGAUACAAGAAUUUUAUAGGCAUUUGUGACUAUGUUAUGUUUUAAACAAGAAGAGUGAGAUUUACUUGUCAAUUCGGUGCACCCGAACUAUUCGUACCAAGAUGGCGCACGACCUGAACAUAGUAUGUUUACCGGGUCAGGGUUGUUCAGGUUGUGCGUCAUCUUGGUACGAAUACUUCCGAGUGCCGUCAAUUCUUCAGUUGAAAUAUUGACAUAUCUGGGAUUGUGAUGAGACAAGCUUCCAUUCCAAUAAAGCAAUACCAUUGACACUACACUGUUUUGUGUAAUACAAAGUUAACAUUAAAAUUUGUAUUCCUAUUUUUGAAAGCCAUUAAGCAAAACUUGACAUUUUCAUAGCAAUAAUACACAAAGAAUAAUUCUAUUUGGAUAAAAACAUUUUUUUAUUUGCGCUUAACAUGUCUAUCGCCACACCACACAAGGCUUUGUAAAACAAUCGUUCUCAAAAGUAUGGCAAUUUUUAGAUAAGCACCUUUUUGCUUUUACAUGUAAGAAAAUUUCCAAUUCUGCAGCCUGUACCUGGCUUGUAGAUAUUUACUUUCAUGUGUAUGGUUGCUUAAACUGUGUAUAUCUUUGUUUUCAAUUUUACUUUUUCAUGCUCCCUUUUUUUAUUUUUUUUAUUCGAAAUGUGUUUUUAAGUCUCGAAAAGUUCAUUUAAUGAGCUCUAUACACAAUAACUUAGUAUGUAACACAAUUUCUUCAAAACACUAUGAUAUAUUCAAUUUUAUUUGUAUUUAGAAUAUUUAGAUAUUAUCAAAUAUUUGAAAAUACUGUACUUUUUAGAUAUUUUCUAUGCGUUUAAUCUAUAAAUUGAGCUACCAUCCACCUAAAUUUGACACAACUGGCAUAUUAGUCAUUCUCAAAUUCUUUAGUUUGUUCACAAUGGUAAAUAUUAACUCGACGACAUCAACAUAUAUGUCAAAUGAAAGAUGUGUCAACACCAAUAAAUAGAGCAAAUAAUUUCGCUUGACAAAAAGGUUGACAAAUAUUGGUAUUUGGAAAUGGAAAUUUUCAUUGCCUUCAGUGAUACAAAACUUUAAUUAAAGAUGAUUUUCGGGUUUUUUGAAAAGUAUUGCAUCUUAUUGUAAUUUAUUUUUAGAGCGUUUGAAAAGGAUGAUUAUAACCUUUUAGUCUGAAAAACAUCCGAAACACAAUAUUUUUUUUAGUUACGAUGGAUAAAUAUGGAACAAAGUAAUAACGAUACGAAUAUUCUAUUAAUUAUCGCUAACCGCAACUUGCAAUGUUGAUUGCAAUUUUUCCUAAUUGUCAUUAAAUCUGUUAUUAUAUCACUUAGUUCAUAACUGCAAAUGAGUCAACGAUCAUUCAACAACUACUCUGGUUCCGACUCCUGGUUUAAAGGUCAUCUCGACUCUCUCUCUGAACACCUUGAAAACAAAAUUUUGAUUACAAUAGCUUUGGUAUAUGCAAAUUUUCUUAUUAGUAUGUUGAGAUCGCUUAGUUAAUUUAACGCUUAUAUACUUACAUUUAAAUUUUAACCUUGAAUUCAACCAUUCUGACAGAAUUAGAAUUUUCUGCUUCGAAUCAGAUACGAUGUCGCACUUUGCCUUGGCUAAGACAUUAUUUCCUUUUUUUCAAACGCUUGCAGCACCAAGUGAUAAGUAUAUAACAGCUUUAAAAAUUGAUAAGAUUAAAUCAAAUAAUAAUUCAAAAUAUUUUUACUAUAUACCCACUGCGAAUUUUUUUUUUACAUUAGCCUCCUGCCUGCCACUUAUCUGAGAAAUAACUUAUGACUUUAUGUUAUAAUUUUGCUACUGUGUGCUGUUUUUCUCAGUUUAUUUUUUGAUCUUAAAAGCUGUUUUUUUAAAUAGGAUUUGAUAGUUUGUAUGUUUGCUUCCACAGUAAGUUUUAUAAUGUUCAUGUAAUAUUUAUCCACAAAAAAAAACGUUUUGUUAUAAUUAACUUCAACAAUAUUUUAUAACAAGUUUUUGUUUUAUUCAGAACGAGCCACAGAUGGACCGUACAUAUUUUAUCUAAGGCUUAAUCUAAUUUGAAAUAUAUGUAAGAAUAAUUAUUUUUGUAAAGUAGAAAAAAUGUUUUAUUUUUAACAGUGUUUGUACAUAAUUGUAUAUAUGUAAGAAAAAUAAACGGAAAAUUCACGUA